GAUGGUUGAAUAUCACUGCCAUUUUGGAUUUUGGAUUCUCGGAGACCUGCGGAGGUUUGAUGCGGUGGUGAGACGGCUAGUCUCAGAUGUAAAUGGCUACCCUGAGCUAUCUCUUAGGCUGAGGAUAUAAGUCGACAUGAAGAUAAACAUAUGAUUAAAGAGCUGGCCAUCUGGUCAUCUUAUAAUUUAGUAUUUGGUAUCUUCAUCCCUUACUAUAUAUCAAACUACCCUCGAUAAAUGCUCAUCUUCAAAGAGGCCUUGCAGCCAUGAAGUUCAGGGGGGUAUUUUCAGCAUCUUGCCUAAUAGGCACGGUGUUUUCCCAGUCGAAGUUAAAGAUUAUGCCAUUGGGAGACAGCAUAACCGAGAUCACUUGUUGGAGGGCAAAGCUGUGGAAUGGCUUGAAAGCAAAUAACUUGACGGAUAAGAUCGAGUUCGUCGGCUCGAUGAACAAUACUCAGAGUUGCGAUACGCAAGACGCGGAGUUUGCUAAACAGCACCACGAAGGCCAUACGGGUUAUCUCGCGAUCGAUGUAGCGUACGACCAUAUCGACGGGUGGCUCAACGAUACCAAGCCCGACAUCGUCACGUUUAUGCUUGGUACGGAUGAUAUUGCUCGGGGCCGACGGUUGGAGGAUGUUGUAGAGGCGUACACGAAUAUGGUGCAAUCGAUGCGGCAGUACAACGAACACGUACAGGUUAUCGUCAACACCGUGGUCCCGCUACCGACAAAUAUGAACCCUGUGAAGAGGCUCAACGAAAUGAUCCCGGACUGGGCAGUCGAGCAGAACAAGACCGAGUCGCCGAUCUACGUUAACGAUAUAUACCCGUUCCCAAAUACCUUCCUAAAGGACGGCAUACAUCCCAACGACGAGGGCGAGGACCGUAUUGCUGAUGGGUUGAAUUCGCUUUUGACGUGGAUUAUUAAUUCGAAUUCGACGAAUAACACUACUGUGCCUAGUUGAAAAAAAGGGGGAGCACGUACUCCGGGAGAAUAUAAAAGGGAGUAUCAGAAGUACGGGGAUCGUGAGUU